AUGUCUUCUAUCCUCCAGACUCAGGCCCUCUCUUCCCUCACGAUCAACCUCAUUCCCACCUUUAUACUGUUCUCUGUGGCCGUCUACGUCCUUCCAGCACUGACUCGCCGCCUUCUGCAAUUCCUCUCGUCUCCAAGCCCCUUCAAGGAGAAGUCCAACAAUGGUACCCCUUCCAUCUCCAAUCUCCCCCGCCUAUCCGGUGUUGUUCCCUGGUUGGGCCAUCUAUUUGGCCUGACCAUCGAUAGCACUCGCUACAUCAACCGUCUCAUCAAAUCCACCACUGCACCAAUCUUCACCAUUAACAUUCCCUUUGCGCGAAUCACCAUCUGUCAUCCUAGUAUGGACCGAGUCCUCUCCCGUCAUGUCAAUGACACUGGUCUUGCUCAAGUUCUGGUUUACGUUGGCCCUCGCCUCUUUGGACUCAAGGAAGAGACUAUCAAGGCUGUCUUUGGCUACAACCCCCAGCCCCUGCACAAGCAAAAAUUUGGACACGUCGAGAACAUUGUGUCCCUCAAUCAGCGCUCUAGCACCAAUAUCAGGGAUCGUGUGAUGAAGAUGCCCGAGACGAAUGAAGUUCUUGUUGGGCGUUGGGUGUUUGAGCUGGCUGUCUCUGCUACAGCGAGUGCGGUCUGGGGAGUUGCCAACCCCUGGAGUAUGGACCAGGACUUCUCUAACGAGUUCAUGAAACUCAGCGAGACAUUCGAUACUCUCGGACGACCAUUCGCCUGGCUCACAGCAAACUCAGCCUGGAACUCUCGCAGGUACCUUCUCGCCAGACUUCGCGAAUUUCAUCUGGAGCACCGCGAAGCUCGUGUUAAAACCACAGCUCACAGUAUCAAUGUCGUGGCUCACAGUGAUCCCAACUGGGAGACCAACCCAGACUACUACCACAUUGAGAUGGUCUCAGCUCUAGGCCUCCUAGCAACUACUAGCACCCUCGCGGUCUGGCUCACACGCCACCUGUUGACGGACCCUGAGUUGAUGAAGGUUAUUCUCGACGAGGUGCAACAGCUCAAGCAUGUUGAAAGAGAAGACAAGCCACGGCUGGACUUUGCUAAUGUUCGCACUGAGUGUCCCUGGCUUAUGGCAUCUUGGUACGAGACUCUCCGUCUUCACAUGACAGGUGUUGCUCGAAUCGCUCGCCACGAUUUCAUGCUGAAUCUCCCUGACUCGGAUCCUAUUGCCGUUCCCCAAGGAGAGAUCUUCAUGCUUCCAAUGUGUGCAUCCAACUUGGACGUCGACAACUGGGGUCCCGAUGCCGCGACCUUCAAAGCUUCUCGUUUCAUCAACAAAGCGGGUGAAAUUUCCGGAAGUGCUGUUCAUAAGGUCAGAGCUUUUGGAGUUGCGGGUAACAUGUGUCCUGGUCGCGUGUUUGGUACUGAUAUCGUCUUCUCUGUUGUGGCGACGAUGCUUCGUACCUUUGACAUUGAAGCUGCUCCUGGUGAGGAGUUUCGAGUGCCAACUCUGCGUGGAGGUUUCAACGUUGGGUUUGAGAGAUACGGGGACGAUGUCAAGGUGCUUCUCAAAAAGAAAGGCGUUGCUUGA